AUGAAGAAGGAAGUAAGAGAUGGGGGAGGAAGAUCAGACACAAUGGUCAAAGAUAAAGUGCCUCCGAGUCAGCUGCUGAAGAAACCAGAUCUUGGGCUCCUGUCCCAUGUUUCACCUAAAUCUAAAUGUGGUGUCAGGAACCAGAGUCUCCAUGGGUGUAGUCAGUACAAGAGAUACAGAUGCUGUUACUGCAGCAGCAAGCAGGAGGGCAAGAGAGACAUUGACACAGGGGCCAAGUUUAUUGGUGCUGGGGCUGCCACAGUGGGUGUAGCUGGUUCAGGGGCCGGAAUUGGAACAGUGUUUGGCAGUUUGAUCAUUGGCUAUGCCAGGAACCCGUCUCUCAAGCAGCAGCUCUUCUCCUAUGCCAUUCUGGGCUUUGCCCUGUCUGAGGCCAUGGGGCUCUUCUGUUUGAUGGUCGCCUUCCUCAUCCUCUUCGCCAUGUGAGGCUCCGUGGGGUCACCUACCCAUCCCUGCUGCUUCGAUUCCAGGCCCGGUGCUGGAAUGUGCCCAUUAAACA